CCGUGUGUUUUCGGGCUAGCUGUUCUUUGUCCUCCAUUAGAGCUCGGAUUCCCAGCCCCAUCGUACGGCGCAGGCCCGAAGUAGCGCAGCCGCUCUGAGUUAGUAUUUGAGGCUAGCACCACGCCAUGGAGGACCACAACGUUCACCAGACCGAGCAUAUGACCACCAUCGAGGAGCACGCCGUGCAGCAGGUACAUGUGACCACGUACACAGAUCACAGCAUGCUGAGCGCCGACGAGGACUCGCCCUCAUCCCCUGACGACGACGUCUACGAUGACUCGGACAUCCUUCACUCGGCCGGCAAUGACGAGUUGACCGCGCACCUGGCAGCCGCAGGCCCAGUGGGCAUGGCUGCAGCUGCUGCCGUAGCAACAGGCAAGAAACGCAAGAGGCCCCACAUCUUCGAGUCCAACCCCUCCAUCCGCAAGAGACAGCAGACACGCCUGCUGAGGAAACUACGAGCCACCUUGGAUGAGUACACCACCAGAGUUGGCCAGCAGGCCAUAGUGUUGUGCAUCUCUCCCUCCAAACCCAACGCUUUGUUCAAGGUGUUUGGUGCUGCGCCGCUGGAGAAUGUGGUGAGGAAGUACAAGGGCAUGAUCCUGGAGGACCUGGAGAACGCCCUGGCCGAGCACGCGCCCCCAGGGGGGGAACUAAGCUCCGAGCUGCCCCCCCUCACCAUCGAUGGCAUCCCCGUCUCUGUGGACAAGAUGACCCAGGCCCAGCUGCGAGCGUUCAUCCCAGAGAUGCUGAAGUAUUCGACGGGCCGGGGCAAGCCUGGCUGGGGCAAGGAGAGCUGCAAGCCCAUCUGGUGGCCCGAGGACAUCCCCUGGGCGAACGUGCGCAGUGAUGUGCGCACUGAGGAGCAGAAACAAAGGGUGUCGUGGACGCAGGCGCUGCGGACCAUCGUGAAGAACUGCUACAAGCAGCAUGGGCGCGAGGACCUGCUGUACGCCUUCGAGGACCAGGUGCCACAGCAUACAGCCAUGACCACGGCCACCCACAACAUCACCCACCUGGUGCCCUCACAGACCGUGGUGCAGACCAUCAGCAACCCCGACGGCACCGUCUCCCUCAUACAGGUGGGCACAGGGCAGACGGUGGCCACUCUGGCUGAUGCCUCGGAGCUGCCAGGCACGGUGACCGUGGCCCAGGUCAACUACACUAUGAACGACGGAGAGUUGAUGUGUGGUGAGCUUUCUGGCGCAAAAGGGCUGUCCAGACCACACCCAGGUGGGUUCUACACAUUGGUCAUGGAUGAGAAUAUGUCGGUGUGUCGCACGUUACCGAUGGAGGUGUCGCCACAGUUUAUUGUUGAGCAGAACUGGGCGACUCUACAGGGUGGGGAGAUGACCAUACAGACCACACAGGCGUCCGAGGCCAAUCAGGCGGUUGCGUCCCUCGCCGAGGCCGCUGUCGCCGCCUCCCAGGAGAUGCAGCAGGGAGCCACCGUCACCAUGGCACUUAACGGUGAGGCUGCGGCCCAUGCGGUGGCGACGCUGGCUGAGGCCACCCUACAGGGAGGAGGGCAAAUCGUCCUGGCCGGGGAAACGGCGGCUGCUGUAGGAGCACUGACUGGAGUGCAGGAUGGCAGCGGUACGUACCACACAACCUCUCAACAACUAUUGUCAGGCCUGGUGCAGAUCCCGGUCAGCAUGUACCAGACGGUGGUCACCAGCCUAGCCCAGGGGAACCGGCCUGUACAAGUGGCCAUGGCGCCCGUGGCCACGCGCAUCGACAACACGGUCACACUGGACGGUCAGGCGGUGGAGGUAGUGACCCUCGAGCAGUGACACUGAAUCCUCCCUCUGCAGGUGUGUGCUGCUGGAAAAAAGUGUCCCAAAAUGGCUGCCGCCGGGAGCUGAGGGAGGGAUAGUCUGUUUUCACCAUAGAGAUAGAUAGAGGACUCAUCUUUGUAUCUGUGCCAUUAUAGCGUCUGUGACAGCAUGGGUAGCGCCAUU